CCCCACCAGGGUCAGGAAGGAAUUUUCCUCCUCUGCCAAACUGGCCAAGGCUGGGUGGUUUGCUCCUUCGCCGCUCUCUGGAAGGCUGAGCAAAGGGGCCUAGUGACACAGGCCAUGGGCACCGCACCUGCUUCUGCGGCCACUGGAUUCCGUGUGGGAAAGAAGCCUGCAGGCCCAACGGGGUGGACGCUGUGUGCGUGUGCUGUGUCGGCCGGUCCUGAGAGGGGGUAAGGAAGCCACUGGAGGCAUCUGGAGACCUCAGCAUCAGGCCAGCUCCGCCUCACUCCGCAGGGUGAUGUUGGACUCCGUGACACACAGCACCUUCCUGCCCAAUGCGUCCUUCUGCGACCCCCUGAUGUCGUGGACCGAUCUGUUCAGUAAUGAAGAGUAUUACCCCGCCUUUGAACAUCAAACAGCCUGUGACUCGUACUGGACGUCAGUCCACCCUGAAUACUGGACUAAACGCCACGUCUGGGAAUGGCUCCAGUUCUGCUGUGACCAGUACAAGCUGGACGCCAACUGCAUCUCCUUCUGCCACUUCAACGUCAGUGGCCUUCAGCUGUGCAGCAUGUCACAGGAGGAGUUCGUGGAGGCGGCCGGUGUCUGCGGGGACUACCUCUACUUCAUCCUGCAGAACAUCCGCACGCAAGGUUAUUCCUUUUUCAAUGAUUCAGAAGAGACCAAGGCCACCAUCAAAGACUAUGCUGAUUCCAACUGCUUGAAAGCAAGUGGCAUCAAAAGUCAAGACUGUCACACUCAUAGUCGAACAAGCCUCCAAAGUUCUCAUCUGUGGGAGUUUGUGAGAGACUUGCUUCUUUCCCCUGAAGAAAACUGUGGUAUCCUGGAAUGGGAAGAUAGGGAACAAGGAAUUUUUCGGGUGGUUAAAUCAGAAGCCCUGGCCAAGAUGUGGGGACAAAGGAAGAAAAAUGACAGAAUGACAUAUGAAAAGUUGAGCAGAGCCCUGAGAUACUACUACAAAACUGGAAUUUUGGAACGGGUUGACCGAAGGUUAGUGUACAAAUUUGGAAAAAAUGCACACGGGUGGCAAGAAGACAAGCUAUGAUUUGCUCCGGGCAUCAAGUCACUGUAUGGAUUUCUGUCAUUUAAAGCAAUCAGAGCGCAAUAGACAUUGGAAAGUCUUGGUUUUGUUUUGUUUUGUUUUGUUUUGUUUUGUUUUGUUUUUAACUGCAAGCAUGCCUGAUAAAAUUUCUCCACAUCUCUGCUUACAUUUGGAUUCAGUUGUCUACUUGGGAUGAUGGCAGGAAUGAAGAAACUCCUUCAUCCCAAGGGGAGGAAGGGAUGGUCUUUUGUGGCAACUUAGUCCAACAUUAUUUUCUUAAUGAAGUGUUCAGAGCCACAGAGCUACUAUCACAGGUGCUGUUCAGAGAAAAAAGGGGGGAGCUAUUCUGCCAUGGGGGACACACAUGAUUCCCCCACCCCAUUGCAAACUUUCAGAGGUUGUCACAUAGUUAACUAAGGCAGCUCACAGAGGAGAAAGGAAAUCGUGAUUAGCUUGUAGUUUAUAAUAGGAGGUCCGAUGUAAGACAUGCAAACUUUAGAUUUUAAAAUCAAUCAAGUCAAAUUCCAUAGAAGAACUGCUUAAUUAAAGAGCUAAGCCACUAGCCUGGGGCCUAAUUGGAUUUAGCAUAGGCUAACCAUAAGUUUCUUAACCAGGACAUCUUUAUCUGUUUGUUUGUUUUUGUUUUUCAAGGUAGGAUCUCACUUUAGCCCAGGCUAUCCUGGAGCUCACUCUGUAUUCCCAGGCUGGCCUCAAAUUCAAAUCAAUCCUCCUACCUCUGUCUCCCAAGGGCUGGGAUUAAAGGCGUGUGCUGCCACACCUGGUUCAGAGCAUCUUUCUGACCACUCAGCCAAACUCCCGUGUCCAUUCUUCUGAAGUCAUACAUGCAGUUAGCCACAUUAAAAAUUGCUAAUAAGAUUAUUCCCCUUCCUUUCCUAAUGGGUGGCUGGCAUCAGAUAUGCUAAGACCUGCUCCACAGACAUUUACAUCAAUUUCCCAAUCACUACCAUUUCUAUGAUUCAAGCCCUCAACGGGAUAAAAUCAGAAGUCACUGAUUCUGUCUGGGGUCAAGAUGUUAAACUUUCCUAGAGCUGGAACUGUCCUAACAAACCCAUAAUGGUCAAUGAAAUUGUCAGUCUCUUGUUUUCUUAUAAAUACUCAAACGCUAAGGACUAUUUUCUUGUCAAAAAUAUUAACAGUGAAUUUCACCAAUAAAUCUUGAUGAGUUAAA